UAACAUUAAAGGUUUUGAACGGUUAGAAGAUGCCGCUGGUGCUAAGGAAACAAAUGUUAAGGAAACAAAUGUUAAGGAAAAGUCGAGUGAGCAGAGUAAUGCUAAUUUCGGUACUGAUAAGUCAGAAAAUUCCGUAACAGAAAACGCGAAAGAAAUGAGUUUACAACAAGCGGUCAAGUUAGAAAUGAAUGAAGUUGUAAAACAUCAAGGAGAAUUAGUAACUGAUGGCGUUAAUGAAUUGUCGACAGAAGUUGUUUCAGAACAACCAAAAGAGGUAUUGAGUAACAUUAAAGGUUUUGAACGGUCAGAAGACGCCGCUGGUGCUAAGGAAACAAAUGUUAAGGAAAAGUCGAGUGAGCAGAGUAAUGCUAAUAUAGUUACUGAUAAGUCAGAAAGGUCCGUAACAGAACAAGCGAAAGAAAUGAGUUCACAACAAGCGGUCAAGUUAGAGACGAAUGAAGUUGUAAAACAGCCAGGAGAAUCAGUAACUGAUGGCGUUACCUCAUCGUCGACAGAAGUUGAUUCAGAACAACCAAAGGAGGUAUUAAGGAACAUUAAAGGUUUUGAACGGUCUGAAGAUGCCCCUGUUGCUAAGAAAAAAAACGUUGAGGAAAUGUCGAGUGAGCAGAGUAAUGCUAAUAUAGUUACUGAUAAGACAGAAAGGUCCGUCACAAAACAAGGGAAAGAAAUGAGUUCACAACAAGCGGUCAAUGUAGAGACAAAUAAAGAUAUAACACAGCUAGGAGAAUCAGUAACGGAUGGCGUUACCGCAUCGGCGACAGCAGUAGUUGCAGAACCGCCGAAAGAAGAGGAUGACAUCACAAAUCAUGUUGACCAGACAAAUGAACGGACCUUAGUCACACAACAGGCGGUGAAAAUUUCUGAACAGUCGGCCGAGUUAGGGACAAACAAAAUUGUUAAUCAGACAGGCGAAUCAGUAACCGAUGGCGUUGCGGCAAUGUCGCCAAAAGUUGUUUCAGAGCAAUCAAAAGACAUUAUUGAACAUUUGGAUGAAACGUUAUCAGAAUUUACGGCACGUUUGGCCAAACAGCAACAAAUGUCUCGCAAAGAAUUGUCGAAAAAAGGUGUAUCAGAACAGCAAACAAAGAUAGCGAGUAAGGGUAAAGGUUUUGAACAGUCCGGAGAUUCCGCUAUUGCUAAAGAAACAAACGUUAAAGGAGAGUCGACAGGGCAGAAUAAUGCUAAUACAUUGACAGAACAGUCGGAUAGGUCUGUCACAGAACAAGCAAGAGAAAUGAGUUCACAACAACCGGUCAAGGUAGAGACGAAUGAAGCAGUUAAACAGACAGGAGAAUCAGUCACGGAUGGCGUUACGUCAGAAGUUGCAGAAUCGCCGAAAGAGGUAGAUAACAAUAACAUAUGUGUUGAACAGCCAGAAGAAUCCGUUUUAACCAAUGUGACACCAGUAACAGGAGAAUCGACUGAGCAGAAGAAUGCUGACAUAGUGUCUAAACAGCCAGAAACAUUAGUCACAAAACCGUCGAAUGAAAUGACUCCAGAACAGUCGGUCGUGUUACAGACAAACUCAGUUGAUAAACAGACAGGAAAACCAAUAACUGAUGGCAUUACGGCAUCGUCGGUGGCAGUAGUUGCAGAACCGCCGAAAGAGGAAUAUGCUAUAACAAAGGAGACAUCAGUAACUGGAGAGUCGACUGAGCAAAAGAAUGCUGAUAUAGUGCCUAAACAGCCAAAUACAUUAGUAAUAGAACAUGCGAGAGAAAUGAUUUCAGAACAGUCAGUCGUGUUAAAGACGAAUGAAUGUGUAAGACAGACAGCAUCGUUGACAGCAGCAGUUGCAGAACUGCCGAAUGAGAUAGAUAAUAGUAAAACAUUUGUAGACCGAACAGAUGAAUCAGCUAUGACCAAUGUGACACGCGUUAAUGGCGAGUCGAGUAAUCAGAUGAAUGCUAAUUUGAUAUCUGAACAGCCAGAUACAUUAUUCACAGAACAGGUGAGAGAACUAAUUUCAGAACAAUCGGCCGUGUUAAAUACGAAUAAAGUUGUGACACAGACAGGAGAAUCAAUCAAUGUGCAAUCGUCAGAAAUUGCUCCCGGCCAGCUAGGAAAAGGUAAUAUAAUUCAACAGUCAAACGAAUCAAUGAAGACACAUAAGACUGAAAACACAGAUCAACUGUUCGAGUCAAAAAUAUUAGAUGCGGAAAAAGUAACUGUUGAGAAGCAUACAACAACAAUUAGGUGAAUCGAUUAAAGAACAAA